GAGAAAUCCCCUAAAGCUAGGGUUCUUCGAAUUUUAUUCGAGCCUCUAGAAUAUAAAAGGAUUAAGAGAGUAAGAUUUUGAGUUACAAAACUGAAAGACCAUAUUUCUGAAUCCCGAAAUUCAUUUUCAUUUUCUUGUCAAACUAGCAUUAUGGAUGGAUAUGGAAGGAGAGAUAACCUAAGGGAAAAUCUGGAUGAAUGUGAAAGUGGAUCUGGUAGCGAUGAUUUAGAUGGUGCUAAUUCUGAUGAGCAAGUUACUAGGAAACAGUCUCCUAAGAAACGUAAAUAUUGUCGUCAUGCUCCUGAGCAAGUUCGAGAGCUUGAAGCAUGGUUCAAGGAGUGCCCCCAUCCGUCCUAUGAACAAAGAAUUGAACUGAGUAACAGCUUAGCCUUGGAACCUUCGCAAGUCAAGUUCUGGUUUCAGAAUCGGCGUACCCAGAUGAAAAAUCAAAUCGAACGCAAUGAGACUUUGAUGCUUAGGAAAGAGAAUGAUCAACUUAGAGCAGAAAACAUCGAAAUAAGCGAAGCUAUUAGAAAUCUGAUCUGCAAGAACUGCCGAGGUAAAGCAAUGCUUGGCGAGGUUUCUUUAGCGGAAGGAAAUCUUCGGAUCGAAAACGCUCGCCUUAAGGAAGAAUUAAACCGUGUUUCUGCAAUUGCGGGUAAAUCCUUUGGUGGUAUGAAUCAAGAUGUGAAUGGUAUAAAUCCGAACCUUCUGAUGGGAGACAAUGAUCAUCAAUUUCCUGAAGGUGGGAUUUCAGGUGGGAUGCCAUCCAUGCCCGUUCUGCCUCAUCAACAACAACUUAUGUCAAAUGUUGAUAGAUCAGAUGAGAAUUUAGAACUUGCAGUGUUAGCAACCCAAGAAUUGGUUCUAAUGGCUCAGACAAAUGAGCCUCUAUGGAUUCCAUCUGGUUUGGAUGGAGGUAGAGAAACGUUAAACGAAGACGAAUACAUGAGGAUGUUCACGCCUGCAUGCGUUGGACCAAAACCUGGAGUAGUCACCGAAGCAACUAGAGAAACUGGUGUGGUUAUCAUCAAUACCGUGGAAUUUCUGGAGACAUUAAUGGAUGCGAAACGGUAUAUGGAUAUGUUUCCUUCUGUGAUUGCGAGAUGUAACAUCAUCAAUGUGAUCUCUAGAGGCGCAGGUGGAACACGAAAUGGUGCACUUCAGCUGAUGUACGCAGAAUUUCGAGUACUUUCAACACUAGUCCCAGUUCGCGAGGUCAAUUUUCUUCGAUACUGUAAGCAACACGCUGAAGGAGUAUGGUCUGUGGUUGAUAUAUCUGUAGAUGUAGACCAAGAAACUUCGGACUCUUCUAUAUAUUCGAGUAGAAGACUUCCUUCUGGCUGUGUAGUUCAACCUAUGCCAAAUGGGUACUCUAAGGUUACGUGGGUUGAACAUACAGAGUAUCGUGAAAAAACGAUUCAUCAACUGUAUGAACCAUUAAUUAAUUCUGGUUUGGGUUUUGGUGCGCCGAAGUGGAUUGCAACAUUACAACGUCAAUGUGAAUGCAAUAUGCCAAUCAGAGAUCGGCCUGAUAUUACUCAAACUGGAAUGAAAAAUAUGUUGAAGCUGGCACAACGGAUGACUCAAAGUUUCAGUGAUGGAGUUCGCCCAUCCAGUAUGCAUCCAUGGAACAUAUACAUUUCCACUGCAAAUGUUGAUGCGAAUGUUAGACUUAUGACCCGAACCAGCAUUAAUGAUCCAGGUAUACCAGCGGGUAUUGUCAUGAAUGCUGCAACAUCGGUUUGGCUUCCUAUUUCGCAAGAGAAACUCUUCGAUUACUUGCGGAAUGAAAAUUUGCGGAGCCAAUGGGACGUACUAUCUACAGGUGGCUCAGUGCUACAAGUGUCCCACAUUAAGGGCCAAGAUCCUGGGAAUUGCAUCUCUCUUCUACAUGCUGGGGCGGUCAAUGGAAACCACGGUAGUACGUUUAUAUUUCAAGAGACAUGCACAGACGCAUCAGGUUCGCUUGUGGUGUAUGCAGCGGUUGAUCUGCUACCAAUGAAUGAUCUUCUGAUGGGUGGUGGUGAUUCGGAUUAUAUUCAGUUGCUUCCUUGUGGAUUUUCUAUCGUACCUGAUGGUGACUCAUGUCCUUCUUCUUUGUCUAACCGUGCUUGUGCUGAUCGCCCAAAUAGCAGCAACAGCUACGGAAACUAUGGUAGCUGUGGAUCUACCAUGCGGCAGUUGACUAGUGAUGAUAGUCUUGGCAGAUGCGGAUCUCUAUUGACAGCGUCUUUUCAGAUUUUGGUCAGUAGUUCGUCAACAGGGGAACCUACUCUGGAAUGCGUGGAGUCCCUGUGUAGCCUCAUAACCAACACCUUAGAAAAGCUCAAGGCGGCUGUGCAAAUGCUGGAUGUCAAUUACUAA